CACCAUGCCAUCUUUACAAACACCUACAGUCAGUGGCAUUCGCAUCUAUCCUGUAAAGUCUUGUCAUUCUGUUCAACUGGAAGAAAGUGAAGUAGGUAAUCUUGGUUUGGUCAAUGAUCGUCGGUUUCUAUUUAUCGAGGAAGCAACCAAUCGGUUUAUUACUCAAAGAAAAUAUGCUUCCAUGGCCUUGGUACGACCUUUGGUAGACAUGGUGCAGAAAACUUUGACAUUGACUAGUCAUGACGAUGAACAACCUCCUUUGGUGCUGCCGCUUUACCCUGAUACCAAACUCAUGCAACAACGCACAGUGAAAUUAUGGAAAGAUACCUUGACUGCUUACGAUAUGGGCGAUGCUGCUGGUGAAUGGCUUGAGACGUUUUUCCGUCGUCAUCGAUCUCAUGAUGUGACCAACAACCAUAAUCCAGACGAUCCUGUAGACCUUGAACAACCUAUCCCUCGUUUACGACUAGUGACUCUAGAAGAUCCUCAACAAGAAGGUAGCCAUUAUUCUCGUCCUGCUCAUCAAGCUUUGCCUGGAACACAUUCUCCUUUCACUGAUUGGUCUCCUGUCUCAUUUGGCUUUGAGGCAAGCUUGGAUGCAUUGAAUCAAGGUCUAUUAGCCCGUGAUAUCAGUCAAGGCAAUAUCAUAGGAAUGGAUCGCUUUCGGAACAAUGUCGAUAUUGCUGGAACAUUACCGUGGGAAGAAGAUACCUGGUUAGUGGCAAAAAUUGGUGAAGUGACAUUUUAUUUAAUACGACCUAUUGGAAGAUGUACUGUACCAGGAGUGGAUCAAGAUUCUGGUGUCAAGGAUACCUGGGGUGGACCUUUAUCAUAUUUGAAGGAAAAACGUAGCUUUAGCGAGAAACCAAAUGACGGAUGUUUCUGUGUAGAUGUAGUCCCUCUUACAAGUGGUACCAUUCGUGUAGGCGACAAGGUAGAAGUGUUGGAACGAAUCCCUGCUGGAAAGGAACCGAAGCCAUUGGUCAAGAAGAAUUUAGAAUAGAAGUAGUUUAUAUUUAAUAAAAAAAAUAUUGUUGUUAUCAUCAUGAUAUUCAUU